AUGACUCUUUCAUCUGAUGCUGCUACAUUGUACAAUAAGGUGGAAGCGACUCUGAAGGUUCAAGAACGUUAUUUCAAGAAAACACUAAAGCAACAUUCGCAACAUUCCGCAAAACAUUACAAGGACAUUCUUAAAAGAAACGAGUCGUUGCUUCGCAGUCCGUGUUGCAGUCAAUCACGACAAUCCAAUACCAGCAAAUCUGAUGUCAUGGAUUUGGAAAUCGAGUACAGUGUAACAAACUUAUCUCACCAGAAUGUUUUACCGGUGGCUCGCGGUCUCAUCGCGCUCAUUUUACAUAAUUCGGCUAAUGUGGAUAUGUUUCUAUUAGCUUGCAAGGUAGUCGCUAGGCUAGUAGUAUCUACACGUCCCGCAAUAGGCUUGUGCGAGCUUAUGACCGAAGAACAACUCUUGAAAUUAAUCAGAUUGGCAACGGACACAUCUGACGCUGCUUGGUCAUCGCAUGCUGUUUCUUGUCUUCUAAUGGACCUAUUAGAAGGAGGACGAUUGUAUCCUAAAGCGUGUACUUCUACGCAUGAAGGUAGUCCGUCUGAAGAGAUUUUGGAGACUCUGGGGAGUCAUACGGACGAAAGUCGUACGGAGGAGGACUCGACCAAUGUCGCUAGUACUAGUGCACCUUCUACUGCUACAUUAGGUGAAGGAUUUACCGAAGGUGAUGCGGACGAGGAUGUGCAAGAUAAUAUCGUAGUAACUUCAACCACUCCAGGCACGUCAAAAUCCAAUGGUUAUCUCCCGUCCCUUUUGGAAUCGGACGAUAGCGAAUUGGAAGACUUUUUGGACGACAUAUUGGAACGUGGCAGAAAUAUGUUGAAGAAAGACAGCACAGUAUCGAAAAUUUUAGCUUCUGCCAUUGCUGGGAGCAUGUCUUUAGCGAUGGACGCACGCUUGGAGUACGGAGUCGAAAUGGGCGUAGAAAUUUCACUGAGAAUACUUGCUACAUUUGGCAUAUACAAUCUACCUCAUAGCAUAAAUGCAACAAUACACGUACCAACAGAAGCAAAUCGCUGUUGUCAACAACCGUUCUUGCGUACCGAAACGAACGAUAGAAGUCAAGAAACUGGGAACUUUUCUGACCCUACUCCUUCUAAUCUUUCAAUAUUAACAAGAUGUUUCGAAAAGAUGUUCACGGACUUAUAUUUACGAAAUAACAGUACAAACUUGGAACUCGUUCUCCAACUUUGGUUUGCACUGAAUAUGGACGCUGCUACUGAACAUCCAGGGUCACAAUUUGAACCUUCUUUAACACCCUUGAUUCCACUUAGUCCAGCAGCUAUUUCUAGCUUAAUAUCAGCACUUUCGUGGCACACUGAGGUUUCUUUACGCGCUUGGUGUCUUGCGUUGCAAUGUUUAACUAUCGUCUGCAAUCAGCCGUUACGAAGAUAUUCUGGUUUAGACGGCUUUGCACCUAGUAGUCCUUCUAUGGCUAGUUGUAUUGUUAAAGAACGUAAUACAGGCCCUAUGUUGUUGCGCCUACUUUCCGGCAACGGAUUAAAUAUUAAUACAAUGGACAAGCAAUACAUCAUGGCUGGGCCUACAGUUUGCCAAGCAUUACACGAUUUUCUCGUUAGGCUGGAAAUGAUGUGUGAUGUUAUUACGACGGAUAGCUGUUUAGGUAAUUCCCUGAAGGAUCUUCUACUGAAGGUGAUAUAUCAACUUGUGCAACCAAGCGGACCUCUCAUUUUAAGGAAGGGGCCUUUAGAUGCGCAAUGCAAACUAAUAACAUCUGUAGUUAAUCUGAAUUAUGUCAAUACUGACUUGGGUAUCGCAAUGAGUAUAUCGGAAUGCGUUGGUGUAUUGGUUUCGACAUAUGUCAAAGGAUCCGAAGUUGGCGCACAAUGUGGAGGUGCAGUUGAUUCAAACAAUCAGUCCGGUAGUUUUGGUGGUCUGUUUGCUUGCGUGCUUGGCGGUGAUGCGAGACAAUGUCGUCCCGCAUCGUGGGACACUUUAAUUGUGGCUCUCAUCAAAUUAGUAUGCACACUCAUUCAGACUCCAUUACCGAAUACUCGUCAAGAUCCUUCGGAAGAAUCGGCGGAAAUGGAAUUAUCUGAUACGACGUGGACUUCUAGAAGCAAUGUAAGCGAUUCUCAGAAUGCAAACACUUGGCAAACGGAUGAAAGUAAAGCGGCAGAGCAACGAAACUCUUUUCAUUUACAACAACCUAAAACUAGCAAAUCUUCUGUGCCUUGCUUGGCUGAUACUGUUUUGCAGCACGAGCCAACUAUGAUGCGUUUACUAGGCGCUCUUGGUCAUAGCACAGGAUCCUCGUUAGCUAUGCUCUUAGGUGAAAGUGCGAGUGCAGCAUCGACUACCGAGCUCGGCGAUCCGGCUUCAAUAGCGGAUGCAACAUUCCAGCUCCUUACGACCCUUACGAAAAAGGCUAGCGAUCCAACUCUAGUUCUGAAGCCGCUUUAUCACUAUCUCUCUUCGUCAUGCGGUGAAAUUGAAUUAGGAGUUAUGCAGCUAUCCGAACCCCUUCUUUGGUAUAUCCUAAGGGUGUUGGACAACGCAUCAUCGUUAUCUAUUUUUACUGCGAUGGGUGGCGUAAAAGUGCUUUGCGAAAAUCUUGUGAAAUCAAGUAACAGCGGUACCGCCGGUGCUUCCGUUUCGUCAGGGGUGAUCGCCCUCGUCAUGGAACAUCUAUCGAAUGCGCCAAACGUGAUGCAAAUGAUGGCGAGCAGCAGCAAGAAAGGCGUUAGCUCGUUGGAAACUCACGACGACGGUUUAUUAAAUUUCGCGCCUCUUGGAACAAUAUCAUGGUUGAAUCCGACUGCGCAGCCAGCGGAUGUUCUUAUACAGAACGCCACACCUCAUAAACGUGCGAGAACACCGGCGUGGUCGUAUCAUUUUUAUCCCGACGAGGCGUGGGUCGAUCUCACCAUCACUUUACCGUGCGCUAUCCUGCUUAGGAAAGUGGAGUUACAACCACAUCUUACGGCGUUAUCCACGUGUCCAUCAGCUGUAGCGUUGGAAGUUUCAAGAGAGAGUAAUGGUCCACUUACACCGGUUUGUCCACCAAUGCCAACGGCGGGCUUAACAUACAUACGCGUUACUUUAUCACAGCCAGAAGUCGCGACUUCCGUAUUGGUGCGUCUAUACAAACCGCGGGAUUCGACAAACAUAAAUCUUAGUCAAAUAAGAUUACUGGGUACCACCGCGUUUGGCGAGAUUAAAACGAAUCCGGACACGAUAGAUGAAGAACAGCUAACGAAGACUAGCUUGGGUUGGCUGAGAUUAUUGCAUCAGUGCUUAUCGGUAAGCAUACUGAACAGUAAUCUAGCCGUCGAGGUGCUUAAUUCCGCGGCUUCGGUCGAAGGCCUGGUCGAGGCAUGCUGCAAUCUCCUGUUACUCCCAGCACCGUCUCUUUUUACUCCCAACCUGGAGAGGGUUCUAUUACAACUUGGCUUACACUCUCGAGAGCUUGGACUUCGUCUCAUUGGUCUUUUACUCAACAACAGGUCUACCCCUUUCUUUCAAGGAGCUGUGACUUCCCAGGAAACGUCCAUCGUACAGUUGGUCGUUGAAUUGCUUCAGCAAUUGUGUUCCAUUCGAGACUUUAGCACGGAGGCUCGCAUGAAAGCCGUUCUUACGUGGUUGCAAAUAUCGGCCGCGAAUGGAAUAUCUCAGACGAACAGUAAUCCCAAUUCAGUGAAUCCACCAGCGGUAUAUAUUCAUUGUGUGUCUUCUAUCAUUUGGAAGGCUCAUCAACAGCAGAAUCACAACUAUGAUCUGCAAGUCUUGCUGACAGAUGAGCUGUUCUACUCGUUGUACAAAUGGACCUUGACUCUUGGAAAUAAUUCAGCUUUGAAACAAGCGAUUGAUUCUGUCCUGUGCGCUUUCUGUUACGUGAGACCAUCGUUGUUGAUUUUGCUUCUGGAAUGGGUACAAAUCUUGAUACCGAAUAUCGUAAAUCCGACUGCUUCUAUAUCCGAUGACUGCAAGGAAAGCGAAGAACAGACAGAUGAUAAGAAAAGCGAUAUGAACACCGAGGGAUGGUAUUGUCAGUUUAUCUUGCUGAAACAUAAAUGGUUGCAUUUGACGGAGGGACAAUUGCUGACUGUCGCAGCAGCGGCUCGUUCACCACCCGGUACUCAGCAACUGAUCGAUUCUGGUCUUCCAGCGUUACUGACAGCAUCGAUUACAGAUUUCUGUAAUCUGGAGAAAUCCAAACAACGAGAUAGUAAAAUGGCAUCGGGCGACAGCAAUGAAAAUAAUGUAACUGAAGAUGUCAACUCGACAGAUAAUGAUAAGGCAGCAGGUUCGAGUUCCGGAUCAAACAAUUAUUCUGGUGGAUUAUGUAUGACGAAAUCAGAGAGUAUAGCGAUAGUGAUAGAAUUCUUAACACUCGUAUGUGCGGAAGGUAGAAUGCGUGAUUGGCUUGGUGAAGAAGGUCGUAGUUUCUGGUUACCACUUCUAUCGCUUCUUAGUAAUCGUCCUAUUGAAAGUCCAUCUGCAUCUGCGUCAAGUUGUUCGAAAACAAGCGCAUCAUAUGCAUUACUGGAAAGCGCUAUGAUUAAAUUCUUAUCAAGAUGUUGUUGGUGUCACUUGGCUAAUCAAAAAUUACUGGCGAAGCUUCUUAUCGAAGUCAUUUCUCAACAACGAACUACUUCAAGUGUACGGUAUCUUCACGGCAUUUCUGGAUUUACGCGAAGAUUAAUUCUGCAACUGCUUUUGGAAGGAGAGAAGGUAUUGGUUUCUGUAACGUCGGAAGCUCCUAUGAAAGUUUCAGCAACCGCAGCCAAUCACAGUAUGCCAUCCAUGCCUCCACAUCCUGCUCAUCCUCUCGGUCAUUAUCAUCAAUUAUUAUACAUGUCGACACAAGCAACAGUGGCAGAUAUAUUACAGCAAGUAUCAGGGACGUGGCUUCUCUUGUUACUUCCGAAUACGUAUAAGGGUAACGAAGCAAGUUCCAAUGGAAAUAAUCGGUCUCGUGAAUUCUGGGAAUCGGGAAUGACUUUAGUAGUAGACACACUUAGCGUGGCUGCUGGAAACACGGCGAAAGACAAGCGGGCUAAAGAAGCAUCAAAUAGGUCACAAGCUCGAGGUCCUAUAAUCAGAAAAACGCGUUUAAAUUCUGAUGGAACGCCGGUAACGAGUAAAGCCUCAUCUAAUAAUGCACAAACAAACCCAACCAACACGACGAAUCAACAAUAUCUAAUACAUUCGUCUCGUCCUAAUACUCCUUUACCACCUCAACUUACAAUCGCGCAACUUUUAGCGAUCGCUGAGGACAGUGGUGUUUCGUUGUCUGAACCGUGCUUACAUCUCAUUUUACGUCAACGCAGUAAGGAUUCCAAAGAAGACGCGGCGAAGCAAAACGACAGUGAACUGUUGAACUACAGAAGCAUAGAAAGUUCGUUAGGCGUCUUCAGCGCGGGUGGUGGAUUGGCGGUGUUGGCGCGCCAUUUACCGCUGGUAUAUCCGGAUCCCGGCAGGCCGUCGUUCUUCGUCGAGAAGUCACCGUCGCCGGAGCAGACCGAUGCCGACUGGGUAAAAUUGGAAACCAACGAUGACAUUUACGAGGCCUUGGAAGAGGGUAGAACGAAUUGUCCGCCGAAGGUGUCAGUCCCUGCCCCAUACGUGCCACCGCAUUCUCUCGCGGCUUUCGGUCUAUUUCUCAGAUUACCAGGCUACGCCGAGGUGCUACUGCGGGAUAAGAAACGGGCACAAUGUCUGUUGCGACUCGCUCUCGGCGUUUCCGACGACGGUGAAGGUGGCGAGGUGCUGACUUCGCCAUUGGCCGCCUCGUUGCCAACCUUGCCGUUUCAGGUUUUAAAACAGUUGUUGGAUGCCACGCCACCGACCACCGAUGACGGUCUGCUUCUACGAGGAACGACCAUAGAAGUGGGCGCUAUGCUGCUGCUCUUGAAUUGCCUGGCGAUAUUCACACAUCAAACUGGACAGAACGACGGUUCAACUGAGCAUAAAACGGGUCAGAGUGGCGGUGUCGGCGGUAGCAGUGGAGGACGUAGUGAUGAUAAUUCACAUCUGUAUUGGGCGAAAGGUACCGGCUUUGGUACUGGGUCUACACAGCAGUCGUGGAAUGUCGAGCAGGCGUUACUACGUCAACGAUGCGAAGACGAGCACGUGACGGUACUACUACAAGUUCUUGCCAGUUAUAUCGGCACAUCGGGAGGCGGGCAACCACAGCAGGAGUUACCAGCUUCUUUCUCCGAUUUACUAGCGCGUUCUUGUCUACUGCCGGCGUUAUCAUCGUACCUGCGGAAUGAUUCCGUUCUAGAUAUGGCCAGGCACAUACCUCUUUAUCGCGCGGUCCUGCAACUGCUUCGUGCCAUGGCUCUCUCUAGUCAAUUAGCACCGCUUUUGUUACCGCGCGGCGGUAGAUCUGGAGAACCAUCCGUGGUGUCCCUCUUGUCGAGCAUGAAAGUGUGCGUGGACACUUAUGUAAACAAGAUAAAUCGCACGAGGGGCAACAAAACGAACAUGAAAGUGGUAUCCAAGUAUCCCGAUGAUACUGAGCAAGACGAAGGCUUGGCCACACUAAUUCCCGAUAUACAAGACAGUGCAACUAUAGUGCAAAAUGCUACAUGUCGAUUAUCUGGUAUCGGUGAAGAAUUACCUGGAUCAAGCCCGACGGCGCCGGAAUUACCAUUGCGCUCAAGUCUGGAGCACCGAUAUCUGGAAGUAAUGAAAAAUCUACAAUUUGAUACCUACGAAAUGAUUACCGAGAAUCCAGAUGGUGGAGGCUACAAAUUUACCAUUUCGUAUCACUUCGAAUCAAAUAUGAGAGCUGCCGGCGAGAGAAGUCAUCCGACACGAGUGAAACGAUUAGCUCAGGAAGCCGUUACGCUCUCGACAGCACUGCCUCUAUCUUACAGCAGUAGUGUGUUUGUGAGAUGCGACGCGGAUAGAUUGGAUAUUAUGAAGGUACUCAUAACGGGGCCAGCAGAAACGCCGUACGCAAAUGGCUGUUUUGAGUUUGACGUAUACUUUCCUCCUGAUUAUCCUAAUAGCCCGAUGUUAAUAAAUCUAGAGACGACCGGCCGUCACACCGUGCGCUUCAAUCCGAAUUUAUAUAAUGAUGGGAAGGUUUGUCUCAGCGUACUAAACACUUGGCACGGCCGACCUGAGGAAAAGUGGAACGCGCAUACGAGUAGCUUCCUUCAGGUUUUAGUAUCAAUACAGUCGUUAAUCUUAGUGUCCGAACCCUAUUUCAACGAGCCUGGAUACGAACGGUCACGGGGUACGUCAAGCGGUGCUCAAUCUAGUCAAGAGUAUAAUGCGAAUAUUUGUCAGGCUACUGCCAAGUGGGCGAUGCUUGAUCAAAUACGCAAUCCCUGUCCAUGCUUCAAGGAGGUCAUACAUACCCACUUUUGGAUAAAAAGGCACGAGAUUGUUGCACAAUUGGAGGGAUGGAUAAGAGAUAUGGAAAUGCAUGGAUCAGAUCGUAGGUCAGGCCGUACAAUUUCUCUCAAUGCGUUGUCUUUAAGGAGACAUUAUACAUUAUUGAGGGAAGAACUAAAUAAACUGCCAACGCCCAAAGGGUUGGAAGACUUGGCCGAACCACUUGCAUCGCCAGGCUCGCCCAUCGAACUAUCCGGGACCCCAGGCACAACACCGAAUACGCCAUCGACGGUUACGGCAUCCGCGACCGCUACGGUGGCUACUCCUAUCGCCGCUAACAAUAUAGUUCCGAUCAGUAAUAGCAGCACGAGUAGCCAUGUGCAUCACGACAUCGAUACGGACGUCGAGAUGGAGAAGAUGGUUUCGAAAAUGUGUGAAUAGCUAAAGGAUGUUAAUAGACAUUGUUGGACAUUUUGAAAAGAGUCUAUUGUUUGUGUUACAAGAUGAACAAAUGGACAUUGAACAUGAACAGAUGACAUAACGGACUGAUAUCAAGUGUGCAGAUUAUUCUGUCCAGCGGCCGAAUUAUCGGUGUUUAGCCAAGGCGUUAAGAAAAGAAAACAGUGACGACUUUCGGCCGAAUACAUAAUAAUCAUAUUGAUGAUAAUUAUUACAAUGAUGACGAUGCUAAGACGUGAUGAUGAUAAGUAGGUAGAAAAAUAUAAGGUGUGGUAGAGUGAGAAAGACAAGUAAGAAUUUACAAUAUAGCGAGAAAGUGUGUGAAGAGAAAAAGAGAGGGAGAGAGUGAGACAGAAAGUGAGAGAAUGAGUAUGCAUGGGUGAGAAUAAGCGAGAGAGUGAAAGGACGAGAGAGAGAAAGAGAGAACGAAACAGAUAGAGGCAAAGAAUAAGUAGCGCGAAUGUAACAAACUCGUGCGUAGUAGAUACUUUUUAUAGCCGCUGCUAUAGUACGUGUACGCUGCAUUCUACUACUUCGUACUACCAUAAGUACCACAACUGUUAUUCGAUAUUUAUUAUACAUGUUCCUCGUUUAUGUAGCGUAACUCUGAAUUAGCUGCACUUUCAUGCGAAUAUAAUCUUGGACAUUACGUUUAUCGUCCUCUCCUUGUCGCUCGUGUCUUCCGAGAGCGACGCGAUCGCAAUUCCGCUAUCAAUGCCCGUGUAAGUUUUCGUUUUAUCGACAUUUUAUUUUAUCAAUAAUUAUAGUACUUGUUUCUCUUUUAUAUAUGCAUAUGUAUGGUGUGUAUAUGUACAAUUCUAUCGCGUCGUUCUCUUCGUUUUAAAUGUAUUUCUCUAUUAGGAUGUAAUAUGAUUAUACUUUAUCAAGCGAUUUACUAUGUAGAUCCCGUUUUUUAGUAAACAUCUCUUCAGGGAUGCACGAUGCAAUCAUUGAGCAUUAAAUGGCUCGUUAUCAAAAGCUGCGGGCGGCAAAGAAGAGACAAUAUAAAGCAUGUUGGCACUACAUGUUGGCAGAAGUCAGUUUGUGACAGGUGCAACUAAUUACGAGUUAUUGAUGUAGCGGGUAUCCCUGCGCGCAAUGCGAUCGAAUCUAAAUAACAACUGUCAUCCGAACAAGACGACGAUCUAGGUACAUCGUUAGAUAACGUUUAAUAAUAAUAGUACGUGUUCUAUGUCGAUUGAAUGAACUGGAAAAAAAUGGUAUCCUGGAAACAGAAAAAAAAUCAUGGAUGAUCAGGUGGUACAUUUCUCGCGUAAACGAGAAUUGCUCUUUGUAAUUGUAACAGCUACUUAGUACACGUAAAUUUCAUAUGAAUCGACCAUAUGGAACGAAUAAAGUCACAUUGUUUUGA